CAACUACUUUUCAAUUAAUACCAUAAAAACCAUGGAUAGAGGUUUCAAAAAUAUUUAAGUAGCACUUCAAAGACAGUUUAGUAGUAUUUUAAGAUGUUUUCCUAUUGUAAAAAGGGUAAACACAUCCUCAUAUCACGUGAUGACAAGCUGUUUAAAAGAGGUCGAAUCAUGUAUCACGUGGAAGAAAAAGUAACACGAAGUCAUGUCUAUAAAACUGUUUAUCCUUAUGUACUAAUACAAUCCGACCCUAAAAUCGAAAGGAAACAUUCCAACACAACAUUUGAAGGUCGGGAAGAAAAUAGGAGAGACGUUGGAUGUGACAGUAAUUUGUGGGAAGGCUCAUGCCAAUCCAAGGCAAGUACCUGUGAUUCCUUUUACCAUAGCACCAUUUAUGAAAUACCAACCAAAGCAACAAUUGGAGAUGUUGAAAGGCACUUACCAAGAAAGCUACCUGAAUUACCGGUGACAAAGUUAACUGGUGAGAAUUUAAAUUUACUUGCUCAACCGACAGAAGAAAGCAUAAAAUCAUCGAUAGAGGAUUGGGUUAACGAGUUGAGUUAUAGUGAUGAAGAUGACUCUGGUCUCAAUUUUGGUUCAGAUGUUUAAAAAAAACGUUGCACGAGAUGUAUGACGUGUCAAAUAGACAACUUUAAAAAGCCACACAUUUCUGUCGUGGCAAUGUAAAUUGUAUGAAUAAAAAUUAUUUGUCCUGGAGUUUUUAUAUAUAUAUACAGAGAGAGA